AUGCAAGCGCAACCGCAACCGCAACGCAUGGGCACUGCUUACGACGACAUUCCCAUCGUCCAUCCCACAGACGUCUACUUACUUAAUUACAGGCCUGGCCCCAGUAUUCAUCCAACUCCCUACUAUAUUGCCUGUCAACAAGGACAUCUUGACGUUGUUGAGUCGCUCGCCAUCGCCGAAACCCACAGUACCCCGGCCUUUUUGCACUAUGGUCUGGCCGUGGCCCUCGGAUCUGGCCAGAUAGCCGUAGCGGCCUAUUCACUAUCCAUUGGCGCGCCCAUUGCCCGGCAAACUCCCCGCUGUAUUCUAUCAGCCCCGUCGUCCAGCCAAAUAGCGCUCUUUGAGCUCUUGGCCCAGCACGGCUGGACGCCCAACACGCCUGGGUUUUACGGAGCCGUGUUGCUGCCUGAAAUCGUUACCAACCAUAAUUUACUCGAAUGGUUCCUCGCACACGGCGCCGAUCCUAAUCUCGGCCCGCAGCGCGACUACCGCGAUCGCCUCGGCGGGCCCGAGACGGACUCAUGCGCCGCGCUCGAGAGAGCCGCAAGGUACGGCGACGAAAAUGCGGUCCGACACCUCCUAGCUGCCGGAGCGUCCAUCAGCAACGGCGCACCGCUGCAUCGGGCCGCCGGGGCUCUUUCAACCGACCGCGUGUCGAAUCCCUUUGUCGGCCGCGUGACGCCCUCGCGUGAUUUUGACGAAAAGCUGAUCCCGACCAUGGCCUUGUUGGUCGCACACGGCGCUGAUGUGAAUUCCCGCGAAGUGUCACGGCAUCAGGUGCCUGGACUCGCGGUUGUCGAGGCUGUCAUGGCCGGGGCUGUGCAGAGGGUGAAAUGGUUGCUGGACCACGGUGCGGAUCCCAAGGCCAAGGGUGCCUGGGGCAGUGCUGUUGACUACGCGAACAAGCUGGGAAGCCAGGAAAUGAAGGAUGUACUGGCUUGCUACAUACCUGAGGCAUAA